AUGAACGUAUUCAGUCGUAAUAACCAAGUGGUCCAUAUCAACUUGUGGAGAACAAUCAUUAAUACUAUUCUGCUCUACGGGAUCUUUUUCCUUGGUUGGCACUCCAUUAAAAGUAUGGGAACUUUCAAACGAGGAUUCUUCUGUAACGACCAAUCAAUAAGAUUUCGUCCAUACCCAAACACCCUCACUCGGGUUCAGUAUCGGAUGAUUUGCAUUACAUUCAUGAAUGUUUCAUUUUUUGUGAUCGAAUCGUUUCACUGGAUUCUGGGUCCCAAGAAGUUUACAAAUCUGGUUUAUCGGGUUGGCUCGAGAUCAGUUUCCAGUUUCUUGGUUACAGUUUUCACGUUGAUAGGAUACAGUCAGAUUGGAUAUGUGGCCAAUGAGCUUCUCGUCAGAUUUGUUAAAGGAGCCACUGGACGUCUUCGCCCUUAUUUUCUCGUGGCCUGUAAUCCUUUGUCAAUUGUAGAGUGCGAAAUUUUCAACGUCGAUGUCUAUGUGAUGGAUUAUCAAUGUCAGGGGGACCCGAAAUAUGUUGAGGAAGCUCGAAAAAGUUUCUACAGCGGACAGUCUGCAGUUACAAUGUAUUGUGCUUUUUGGAUCGUUCUGUACAUGGAAGCCCGCCUGAAGUCAGUUUUCCGGAAAACGAAAAUGGUUUCUAUCAUUCAAGUACUCCUGAUGGUUUAUGGAUUUGUAACUUGCACAACAAGCAUUGCGGAUAACAAACAUUAUUGGAGUGACGUCAUCGUCGGAGCCGUUGUUGGGAUGACAUUGGCUUACUGUUUCGCUGUUUGGUAUGGAAAGAUUUUCAAGAGGACCGAAGUUGGGGAAGAUUUGCAAGAUGUCUUCAAGCCAAUCGGAAAUGUAUAA